AUGAAAUCAUUGAUGAGCGCACAUAAAGACAGAAACGUGUGCAUUAAACAUGAGAACUGUUGCGGAGACUCUGUACUAACAUAAACAACAUACUGUAUAACCAGGGCGAAUGAAACGAGUGGAUAAAAUUAUUGAUCAGCGCACAUACGUGGAUCGCUAUGGUAAACACGGGAAGCGUAACGAGACUGAGUAACACUGAGACUGACUGAGACUGGCCAUCUUUUCUAACGUAAACACGAUUUAACUGCCACAAACGAGUCAAGUCUGUGAGAGGAGGCGGGGCUCUGUUGUUAUGCGUUCACGUGCAGUGUGUGUUAACUCACUGUCGGAAAAGAGAAAGAGAGCGGGAACGCGCAGCUGAUUUCGAUACGUGGGACAUGGGUAUUGGAACCGUUUCAGAUUCUUCAGUAUCGAUACUUAUCGAAAUAUCGAUAUUUUUGACAACACUAAUGUGUAUGUGUAUGUAUGUGUAUAUAUAUGUAUGUAUAUAUAUGUAUGUAUAUAUGUAUGUAUGUAUGUAUAUGUACAGUUGGCUCAAAAGUUUACACACCCCUUGCAGAAUCUGGAAAAAGCUGAAACUUUUGGAAAAAGAGGAUUUUUGAAAAUUAAGGUUUAUUUUUAAUUUAGUCCUGCCCUGAGCAAGUUAUUUCACUAAAGAAAUGUUAACAUAUAGUUCACACUAAAGAAUAAUAACAGAAUUUCUAAAAAUUGCCCAGGGCAAAAGUUUACACGCCCCUGAUUCUUAAUACUGUAUGAUGUUACCUAAACACUCAAUGACAGUUUAGAAUGAUAAAUUAGAAUGAUCGAUGUACUAACACAGCCUUUUUGCCAAAAUUAUUAUUACAAAUAUUAACUCUGCUUUAGAUAUCUGUGCCGUAUCGAGGAAAUGAGACAGUCUCUGUGGAUCAUGCAUCAAUGUCUGAACAAAAUGCCCACUGGAGAGAUCAAGGUAGAUGAUGCUAAAGUUGCCCCACCUAAGAGAUCUGAGAUGAAGAUGUCAAUGGAAUCUCUCAUUCAUCACUUUAAGCUGUACACAGAGGGCUAUCAGGUUCCUCCAGGAGCCACAUAUACCGCUGUUGAGGCACCAAAGGGUGAGUUUGGUGUGUAUCUGGUAUCUGAUGGUUCCAGCAGACCUUACCGUUGCAAGAUCAAGGCACCUGGCUUUGCUCAUUUGGCUGGUUUAGAUCAAAUGUCUAAAGGACACAUGCUUGCUGACGUGGUGGCAAUCAUCGGCACUCAGGAUAUCGUGUUUGGUGAGGUGGACCGUUGAGGGAACUCCACUGGCUGCUCUGAGUUUCCGAUUGUGAUUCUGUCUUUCUGAUACAUGCUAGUGAUGUUACCACAGACAACAUUUCUUCUAUUUCUCAUUGUGUAAAUGCUUACUAAACCUAAUAAAUAUUUUAAAACCUC